CUCCCCGUCACGAGACCCCAUUCUUCGUCCGGCCUCGCGUUAGAGGCCUCAAAACCUAAGUGCAACAAUGCCAACAACAGGAGUCGUCACCACUGAGGAGCGCCAGCGCCAGCGAUGGUAUAUCCUGGGAUGCGCCACAGCAGAGCAUUGACUGGUCAGAAGACUUAUACGGCCUUCUGGACUUUGAUAUAAACGACAUUUCGAACUUCGCACUGGAUACCUCCAUCUACAACAAUGCUAUCGACAUACCGACAUUGCCUGCAGUUGAAAGCAUGCAAUGCCCUUCUGGACAUAUCACAGACGGCGACGCUCAGUACAAUUUGUUUGGCCCAGAAAUUGACCGCGAUCGUGCUGAGCCUGUGGCCGGUCUGUUAAACACUGGACUGCCAUCGGACACGCAGUCCAGUGUGACGAGAAUCGCCUCGCACUCGCCGGCAACCGGCUCGAACAGCCAAACCGCCACAUCAUCUCCUUCCUCUCUUCUUUCAGACCACCGAAGAACUGCCCCAAGCUCGUCCAUUUCGGAUCAGUCACAGUCGGAACCCAGCUACAAAGUACAGAAGCGGAAACGCAACACCGAAGCCGCUCGGCGCUAUCGGCAACGAAAGGAAGAUAAAGUCGCCCAAUUGGAGGAGGCCUUGAAGGCAAUGACCGAUGAGCGCGAUCAACUUUCCUUGAUGCUCGCCCGAGCAGAGGCGGAGACGAAUUUGUUGCGCAGCAUGUUCAAGACCUCUUGAAGAUUUACAGUGCUUGUAAUGUCGGCGGCUACUCUCUAACGUCGGAACCUCUCGAGGCGGCGCUUCUGCUGUUUUAGAUUCGCAAUGCUGUACCGUAGAACGUUGUCAAUUACCCAAGCAUGCAGAUAUGCUGCUAAUGAUUCAUUGUCUGCCGCCGUUU